AUGGCAGCCGCUGGAUACCUUGUGCACGGCAGUAUUGCGCAACCACCCAAGCAGCUGGCGCCAUUGCUGAGUGAGGCGGCGAGCAGGCAGGUGCCAGCAAGCAGAGUGUACGUGCUGGUGGAAGGUGCGGGAGACUGCGCGACCGAACCGCUCCUGGAAUGGCUUGGGCAGCUGUACGGCCUGGUUGGCGCCUUCGCGCCCCGCCUGGACGUGGUGCCGCUGCUGCCAUUUGCGGGCUGGACCCCGGGUGUCGCGACGGUCGAGGCUGCGCAGAGAAGCGGGGAUAGGGACGGCGGCAGAGGGGGGUUGGCCAUGCUCAUGGAGCCACGAGUGCUUUCUGAGCCGCCAGCAGCGGUCAGUGCAGCAACGGGGGCGUCAGCGGCGUUGAAAGCGACGGCUGUGGCGUCGAGCACGCCAGCAGCAGCAGCGACAGCAGCAGCAGCGGCCGCAGUCGCAGCAACAGCUGCAGCAGCUAGGCAGGAGCGGCAAGACAGCAGUGGCAAGGCAGCAGCAGGCGCGAUUGCGGUGGAUGAGCAGCUUGCAUUUGUACAUGUAGCGGUAGGCGGCACAUUUGACCGGCUGCACGCUGGCCACCGGCUGCUGUUGGCCGCCACAGCGCUGUGUGCGACGCAGCUGGUGUAUGUAGGCGUUACAGCCGACGAGCUCCUGGCCAAGAAGGCGCACCACGACCUGCUGCAGUCGCUAGAGGCCCGCACCACCGCUGCCGCGGACUUCAUGAGCAGCGUGAGGCCGGCUCUCACGGUCACCACCGGCGCGCUGCGAGACCCAUCCGCGCCCACUCAGGCCGAGCUGGACCCAGAUAUGCAAGCGCUGGUUGUGUCGCGCGAGACGCUGAGCGGUGGCGAGGCCAUCAAUAGCGGCCGGCGCGCGCGUGGGUUUGAGGAACUGCGGCUGGUAGUCGUCAGCCUGGUGGGGGAGCAGCCAGGUGGGGGCAAGCUGAGCUCGACGGCGUUGCGCGAGCAGGACGCAGCGGCUGGCCGUGAUGGCGGAUAA